AUGAAACUCCCUUUUAGGAAGACUGGGUGAGAGGCACCACCACCUGCUCCUGCCGCCUCUGCUGUCCUCAGCUUCUGGGAGCAUCUUAGCAGCCUGCCCCGGAUUUCUGCACCAGGAGAUGGGGGUCGGUAGAAGCCCGGGAUGGAGAUGUCCUUGACACCUGGGCAGAGGCUGCAGCUGCAGCUGCAGGACCCUGUGGCCACUGGAGAUAACUGAUGGUGCCAUUUGAACACCUGCUGGAAACGGGGCAGGAAUAGUGAGUGACCCCAGGAGAUCACAGGCAGGUGCCAGGAGCCAGGAUGCAAGGAUGACUCCACCGGAGGCCCUGGCCUCCCUCCCGCCUGGGCGCUAGGAGCCAUUGGGGGGCUCCAGCCAGGAGCCCUGCCUCCCAGGGGCAUGGCCAAACCUUUCUUCCGACUCCAGAAGUUUCUCCGCCGAACACAGUUCCUGCUGUUUUUCCUCACAGCUGCCUACCUGAUGACCGGCAGCCUGCUGCUGCUGCAGCGGGCCCGAGUGGGCCUCCCACAGGGCCCCCGGGCGCCUGGCCCCCUGCAAACCUUGCCCGUGGCCGCUGUGGCACUGGGUGUCGGCUUGCUGGACAGCAGAGCCCUGCAUGACCCUCGAGUCAGCCCAGAGCUGCUGCUGGGUGUGGACAUGCUGCGGAGCCCCCUAACCCGGCCCCGGCCCGGCCCCCGCUGGCUGCGGAGCCGCAACUCAGAGCUGCGUCAGCUGCAUCAUCGCCGCUGGUUCCACCACUUCAUGAGUGACUCCCAGGGACCGCCCGCCCUGGGCCUUGAGGCUCCCAGGCCUGCCAUCCACAGCCGAGGCACCUACAUUGGAUGCUUCAGUGAUGAUGGCCACGAGAGGACUCUGAAGGGGGCUGUGUUUUAUGACUUGAGAAAGAUGACUGUCUCCCACUGCCAGGAUGCAUGUGCCGAGCGGUCCUAUGUCUACGCUGGCUUGGAGGCCGGGGUGGAGUGCUACUGUGGGAACCGGCUACCAGCGAUGAGCGCCAGGCUGGAGGAGUGUAACCAUGAGUGCAAAGGCGAGAAGGGCUCUGUGUGCGGUGGUGUGGACCGCCUCUCCGUGUACCGUGUGGAUGAGCUGCAGCCGGGCUCCAGGAAGCGGCGGACCGCCACCUACCGCGGGUGCUUCCGACUGCCAGAGAACAUCACACACUCCUUCCCCAGCUCCCUGAUACACGCCAAUGUGACCGUGGAGACUUGCUCAGGCUUCUGUUCCCAGAAAGAGUUCCCCUUGGCCAUUAUCAGGGGCUUGGAAUGCUACUGUGCUUACCCUACCCCCCAGUUCAACCUGCAUGAUGCCAUGGACAGCUCACUGUGUGGCCGGGACCCUGAGGCACAGAGGCUGGCAGAAUACUGUGAGGUCUACCAGACACCUGUGCAAGACACUCGGUGUACAGACAGGAGGUUCCUGCCUAACAAAUCCAAAGUGUUUGUGGCUUUGUCAAGCUUCCCAGGAGCUGGGAACACAUGGGCACGACACCUUAUUGAGCACGCCACUGGCUUCUAUACUGGGAGCUACUACUUUGAUGGAAUCCUCUACAACAAAGGGUUCAAGGGGGAAAAGGAUCACUGGCGGAGCCGACGCACCAUCUGUGUCAAAACCCACGAGAGUGGCCGGAGGGAGAUUGAGAUGUUUGAUUCAGCCAUCCUGCUGAUCCGGAACCCAUACCGGUCCCUUGUGGCUGAAUUCAACAGGAAAUGUGCCGGACACCUGGGGUAUGCUGCUGACCGCAACUGGAAGAGCAAAGAGUGGCCGGAGUUUGUCAACAGCUACGCCUCAUGGUGGUCCUCACAUGUCCUAGACUGGCUCAAGUACGGGAAGCGGCUGCUGGUGGUGCACUACGAGGAGCUGCGGCGCAGCCUGGUGCCCACGCUGCGGGAGAUGGUGGCCUUCCUCAAUGUGUCUGUGAGCGAGGAGCGGCUGCUCUGCGUGGAGAACAACAAGGAGGGCAGCUUCCGGCGGCGCGGCCGGCACUCCCACGACCCUGAGCCCUUCACUCCGGAGAUGAAGGAUUUGAUCAACGGCUACAUCCGGACGGUGGACCAGGCCCUGCGUGACCACAACUGGACUGGGCUCCCCAGGGAGUAUGUGCCCAGAUGAUAGGCCCAGCCCACGUCGCUGCCCCUGCUGAGUGAUGCAAUCUCACCAUGGGGCUGCGCAGCCCACACCGAUGCCCCAGCCCGUGGCCUUGCCGGGACGAACGGUUGGUGGGGGACCCACCCUGGUGCUGCCUCCUGCACAAGGAGACCUGGACACAACAGACACACAUCACAAGGCGAACACAAAUGGACACACACCCCUGGCCACACACCCACUCCUCCUCAGACACACUCAAACACCACUCCAUGCUCACAGCCCCAUCUUGACGUAGCAAAGCCACGCACGUGGGGUGUACCAGGCACUCCCAGAUGCAAACUCAGCCAUGCACAGACACCACGCACAGGUGCCAGGCUGUGUGCUCCUGGAGCCUGGCUGGUUGUCUCUCUCUCACAUAGUUACACGUGCACUCCCUGGGAUCUAAGAGGGCCUGGGUUUCCUGUGUCUAGCCUUGGAAUAGACUUGCUCGUCAGGGUGUUUGAUUCCAGGAUGCUGGGCCGGGUGGGCAUUUAUGCUCUGAGCAGCGAGGACCGUUGGAAUGGAGGUGGGCACAAAGACUGCUGCUGCUGGGCUGUGCGGCCCUGGCCUUGUGUCUGACAUCCCAUAAAUGUGUGUGUGGUGUGACCAGGCAUCACAAACUCUGCAGCCUUGCCUCUCUUUUCUCUGUGGCUGGGCUGGCAGCACCAUGGGCAGAGUUGAGAACUGCCCCCACCCCUCCCAAGCCAAUACAGACACUGACCUCAGGACCAGCCACAUUAAGUCUGUGCACUGCCCACUACCCCCUUCAACCCACCCUACAUCAAUACUCCGGGGCAUGGGUCUCCUGUCCCUGGCUUCUUCCUCCAGCUAUGCCCAGGGAAGCUGGAGAUUCAAGUCAUGCCCCAGAAGCAAGGUGUAAGAGUGAGGACAUGAGGAAGAGGGCAGGAGCUGAAGUUCCUGGGGAACCCCGGACCUCUGGGGACCUGUACACCAGCAGGAUGGGUCUUGGGGGUUGGCAUGGGGAGAUUGUAAGGGCUAUGUCCUGGGGAUCACUGGGACUGGUACCCCACCCAUAGGUGGGGCCCUGCUGUCUCUGGGGUCCCACACGGCGUCAUGAGAGCUAGUUAGUACUCAGCCUGACCUCUAGGUCAGGCCCUGCCAGCCUGGGAUGGGGGUCAAUGUAUGCUAAGCAUCCUAGGCUGUAGAGGCCAGGAGGUUCAAGAAUGGAGGGUAAGGGUGCAACCCGGGAGCAGUGCUCAAGGUGGCUAAGAUGCAGGGAGGAUUGUGGAGAUCUGGUUGCACGUUAGCCCCCGCGAAGGUGGGGAAGGUGGGUGGGCCUGGACUCAGGCAACCUCUCAGUGGCUUCUCCAGGCCUAGGGUAACCCUGGCCAGGCCCCAUGGUCCUGCCCUGGGCCAGCUGUCAGGAAGACUGCCCCGUUAGCCUGAGCUGAGCUGCAUUGGGAGGAUAAGGCAGGAUGAGGGAUUUGGGAGAGCUGGACAUUGAGAUGUCCUGACCCUCUGCUCCCUAGCCAGAUGUUGGGGAACCCAGAGCCCCCUUGUGAGCACAGGUAAGGGGCGGAGGGCCCAGUAGAGCUGCCCUUUCUCAGAUAGAAGCUUCCUCCACGUCAGUCUGGCCAGGGGGUAGGUUUAGGCAUCUGUGCCCCUGGUGGCCUCCAAGUCCUUCCUGGGAUUCCCCCAAACCCACACCAAUGUGAAGACCCUCCCACAGCAUCAACUCAGUUCGGCUCAAAACUGGAAACACCAAGGUCUUUGAUCAUGUGCAUUGCUCAAGAUAGCUUCAGCAUCCAAUCUGUGAAGGCCCCUAAUGGGGCUAUUUCUCCCUAGUAUUAGGGGACUUGAGACCCCUUCGAAGUUUCCACACUGCCUUGGAAGGGGAAGUCAGGGCAGGCCUGCAUCCCAGAGCAAACCUAGAUCCUCAAAAGAGAUGGGAGGUGUGGAGCGGGCCAGUGGAGAAUGGAGAAGCUGGCCUACUCCCGCUCUGGCCCUCACUCUCCCAGGCCAUUUAGAUGAUCCUUAGGGGAGAACACUCAGAAGCCAUGGAGGCUGGGAAGGGCAAAGUGUGAGAGAGGACUGACCGGGACUGGAGCUGGGGUCUGGCCAGAGCAACAGCAGCAGGCUUUUCCUGGUCGUUGGGUUGGUACAUUCACUGCUGCCAGGUGCCCAGAGAUGUCAUCUCCCUCCAGGUAGAGUGUCACCUGCUCCUGUGGCCUUGUAGAUGAUUCUGCACCUUAGUGAAGAGUGCAGGCAAGUAGAAUGAUGGGGUCAGGGUCCAUCCAGUUUAUGUUGAGUAACUCCAUAUGGCAAGGCACCUGGUGCUUGGUGGGUGAUCUCGGAUGUAGGAUGAGCAAGGAAGAGCAAAGGCCGUGUCAGCUGCUGGUGGUCCUCACAGCCUUCAUCCCAAGUCUGCCUAUGUAGGAGAUCUCAACAGAAACAGGAACAGGGAUUUGUCUGUGCUUGCAGGAAAGUCCAUUUGUUUUUGUCCAAGUUAGGUCUAAUCUACAGCUCUUAGCUUCUCAGUAGAGGACAUUCUCCCAACCAGCCAAGGAAUAAAAACUCAACUCUAGGUAGGGCAGAAGUGUGGCAAAUGCAUCAGGAACCAGUUAAAACAAAACAGUGAAACCCUGACUGUCUACAGAUUCCAACUUUAAUGGCAAGGCUGCAGAGUUACACAAACCUGUGUUAAAACAUGUAAUUUUAAUGGAUUUCAUCUCCCGUUGUGGAUCAAUUUGGAAAAACCAAAAUAUGUAAUUUUAAAAAACUAAAACACAUUCUGAUAACCCAAGUGAUGUGUAAAUGAGGGAGAAGAAUAGACAGGCUUCCAAACCCUAGGAAGGAAGCUGCUUAAUUAUGUGAACAUCUUAUGAUGAAGUCUCUUGCAGCUAAAAUUAGAUUUUGAGUGCAUGAAUAUGUGAUAAUGUUUGCAUAUCAGAAUGCAUUUUUUCCCCUUAAAAAUAGCAAUAGCCACUUGGUUCUUAGGGGGCCCCAAGAGAAGAGGAGAAGUGCUGAGGUUGAUCUUGUGGCUGCAAUAAUUCUUGGGACACAGGUUUGUUUUCUGCUGACUUGUUUAGAAACUCAUUGGAGGUAUCUGAAAUGUGAUGACUCCAAAGGGGUUCAUCUCACUUUAGGGCGAAAUUGAUUGGUCUGACAUCCUAUUUAUCACCACUCAAUACUGGGUGAGUUGGUCUGAACAAGGUGAGGGUAAAGUGGAGUGGAAAUAAUGUAGAGUCAUCAGACUGAAGGGCCGGGUUGUGGUCCCAGCUCUAAUCUGCCAUCUUGGACAAGGCUUUUCCCAUCUCCAAUCUCAGUUUCCGAUCCAUAAAAUGGGGGAAGUGGUAGGUCCUACUGGUUGCAUCCACAUUCAUUCCCCCAUUUCCAUUCUCAGCAGCCCCCUAUUUCUUUUUGGGGAAUCACAUGACCUGCUAGAGCCUCUCCAGGUGUAGAAUACAUGUCCUGGUCUAGCCAAUGACACCUUCCAUCUUUCCAGCUAUGGUGACUGGGUUAGGUAUGAUGAUCUUGUGAGUUAAGGCAAUGCAGCCAGAGGGAAUUUCAAAACUUUUGGGAAUGCUGGGUAGAGGCUCUUUUAAUUCCCUUGUUGAAUGUGAAAAAGGUAGUAGUAUUCCUGGGUCUUGAUGGUGACCACCUUGGGCCUUGGGGUCAUGACCAAGAAUCACCCAGCAGGAAGCUGACACCACUGAAGGGAGAGUCAAGAGGCAGGAAGAAAUCAAGUCCUUGGUGAAAUUGUUAAGCAGGGGAUCAAGCCUUGCUUGAGAUUGGCCUUACCACUGGACUUUUUUUGUUACAUGAGCUAAUAAAUUCUGUUUAUUGUUUAA